UUGGUCAAUUGUUUCAAUUUUUUCAUUGACCAACACAGGCCAGUGAUUGGAAGAAAAGAUUUCUACAAUUGUACUUCAUCUCGAACUUGUCUUUUUGUUUCAUAAAAUAAGUUAAUUAUUUUUGUAACCGAAAAAUGUAUGAAUUGUGUUAGCUGAAGUCGUGGGUUAGUUUAUCUGAAACUUUUCUUCACUGCUGGUUAGAUUACAAGCACUUGAUAAGACGAACGUCAGCGUUUGGCCUUCGUUGUUUUAUAGGUGUGUGGACUAAAUACCUGGUCAAGUCAAAGAUGUGGGGGACGUUGGUCAUCCUGUUCAUCUUGUCAGUAGCUUCAGCCGAGAACUCCACCGACCUCCCCACUGAGGCGGUGACGAUCUUCACAGAGACGACAGUUGUAACUCAGGACACCAGGGUGCCAGACACGCCAACAGUAGACACAGUGACCACAGAGAAAUGGACGCCAGAGACGACGGUGCCAGAGUUGGACGAGGAGGACGACCCAGUUAUGGCGUACAUAGAGAGGUACAACGCUGCUGUCGUCUACACGGAGGAGGAUGUGGUGGGCGUGGCCAGCAAGAGAGAGCUCGAGCUAGAUCAGGCCUGGCUGACCAUCAACACGACGGUCAACUACGUGGUGGAGAUAUGGGCUCAGUCGGAGCAAUGUUACAAGUGUGACCUGAUGUUUAUCACAAGCGUCCAAGGUCCCAGCGUUAGGUCUAUUGUGGUCAAUGCGACGUUUGCAACUGACCUGCGACUUGUUAGGAAACACCCAGGGGGUAACCCAGAACAGUUGUGUGGGUUCCAGAUGAAGUUCCAGGAGUACGGCGACUAUUGGAUAUUUAUCGACUACCCAGCUACUGGGGAAGAGUCCUCGUGCAAAUUUGUUCUGGCCAACGAUCCUAGUAUAGCUGAGCUACCAAUUAUUUAUUUGCUCAUUGGAUUAAUUAGUCUCGCCAUGAUGUAUGCUGUAGGCAAACGCGCAUACAGCUAUUUCCGGCGUGCGGCCGCACACAGACACGACAGCAUGGACGUCACAAGUGAUCAGGACGGUGGGGACGCUCUGCGUAUGAGCAACGGGAACAUGGAUAAAGAGGGCGACGUUGAAGAAGGCACAGAGAAACCAGAUAAAGAGGAAAGUACAAAGAAAGCCAGACUCAAAUCUCUGGACACUUUUCGGGGUGUUACCCUUGUGCUGAUGAUCUUUGUCAAUUAUGGAGGCGGAAGUUACUGGUUUUUCGAGCAUGCGCCGUGGAAUGGAAUCUAUGUUGCAGAUCUUGUCUUUCCAUGGUUUGUGUUCAUCAUGGGCGUGUCCAUGAACUUUUCAUUCAAGAGCAUGUUCCGACAGGAGUGGAGCGUCGCCCGCAUCUCAUGGAAGAUUGUCUGGAGGGCUGCUCAGCUGUUUGCUAUUGGUUUCAUGUUGGGCACACAUUAUCAAGCUGCCGACUUGGACAAUGUGCGUGCGUUAGGAGUUUUACAGAGGUUGGCCUUGACCUAUUUAAUAUCAGCCGCCAUACACUUUUGCUGUUCCAGAAAGUUUGAUUCCCACCAGGACAAGAAGUGGGCGGUGGUCAGGGACCUGGUGCUCUACGUCCCCGAGUGGCUGGCCAACCUCUCCGUGCUGGCGGUGCAUCUGGGUCUGGUCUACGCCCUGCCCGUGCCAGGGUGUCCAACUGGCUACGUUGGUCCAGGUGGACUUAGUGAAGGAGGCAAGUACCAUAACUGUACAGGUGGCGCCACACAGUAUGUCGACUCUAUUCUUCUGGGCAAGAACCACAUGUAUCAGUGGCCUACACCACAGGUCCUGUAUCAGACAAGUGUCCCUUUUGACCCUGAAGGUUUUCUGGCCACUUUAAAUUGUGUUUUCCUCUGCUUUCUGGGGAUCCAGUGUGGACGAAUUAUCCUCAUCUAUCAAACUCACAAGGAGCGAUUGAUACGUUUUGUCAUAUGGGCUCUUAUCUUGGGAACUCUGGGCGCCAUCUUGACCAAGUGUAGCCAGGACGACGGUUGGGUUCCAGCCAACAAAAAUAUUUGGUCUGUGUCGUACACUCUGAUCACAGCGUCGUUUGGCUACGUUCUCCUCUCGGCGCUCUACGUCUUGACCGACAUCUUGGGGAUCUGGGAGGGACAGCCAUUUAUUUACCCAGGAAUGAAUAGUAUCCUCAUCUACUGUCUCCAUGGCAUUUUCCACAACCAAUUUCCGGUCAACUGGGAGGUGGACCACGAACACUGGAAGCUUCUCUUAAGAUGUACCUGGGGCACGUCAAUCUGGGUCAUCGUGUCCUACUGGCUGUUCCACAAAAAGAUCUUUAUUGCCCUUUAAGACCUGGGACUUACUUGUAUUAUAGACGUAACCGAUGCUAACACCACCUUACAGCAUUACAUUCUCAUGACGAUUGUAUGGACUGGCAAAAAACUCAUUAUCUUUGGUGGCAGCUGUCACACUAUUUAAACUAUUGAACAUCUGUAUCUGUUUAACAUCUGUCUCUGCACGGUGUUGCAGUUACCUGUGAAUAUAGAUAUAUGGAUGGAGGUGCAUUCCAAGUUUUAUCCAAUGAAGUAAAAUAUAAACAAAACAAAUGCAGCUUACGGUUAACUUCUAAAAGUUACACGUUUUUGAGUUUAAUUAAUUUAAGUUAUGAAACUUGAUGAAAUCGCCAUUUAGUGUGUAUGUAGAUUUCAGAAGUUUUGAUUCCAUAUAAAACAAAAGGGGCUAGACCAGUGGUCUCUUAUCCGGGAUGCGCCGGCUAAUGCUAAGGAAAAAAGUUUUACAGAUACCUACAUAUAAUCUAUAUAAAAACGGAAAAAAAACUACACAUCUAUAUAUUAGAUAAUACUUUUGAAUUACGUUUUGUAUUUGGAGACGGUUUAAAAGGACAUUUGCAAUGGGUCGGCUAUACUACCCCUAUCCCAAAGUCUGCAGUGAUUUCCAUUCUUUGUCUUUAGUUCCACCACAGGCUGUUCGAUUCUUUGACGCUUAGAUAAAUUAGGUCAUAGUUUUACGAUUAACUAGAAACAUUUGGGUAGAAAAUAUACUUUUUGGGGCUAGAUAAGACCUUGAUUUUGAAGGAAGUCAAUGUUUUUAAAGAUCGACUCCAAAAUUAUUUGGUUUUCAAUAAAGACGAAGGGAUGAACACUGUAGAGCGCUGGUUUAGAUGCAUUCACCGGAGUCUACUAGAGUCACCAGCUUUAGGUUCAGAUAGUAACCUCAAGCUACAUACUUCCGCUGUGUAUUAAAAUAAAAUGUCAUCAUCCAUGUUAUUAAUCGUGUUUAUUUACAUUCCAAUAAAAAUAUUACAACCUG